AUGAUAUCGCCGCUCAGUCUCCCCGUCGGCUUUUUGCUGCUGCUUACGGUUCGCACAUUCGCAGACUUUCCUUACAACCCGACUCGCAUCUACGUUACGAAUAAUGGCUCUACGGCAUACAUCUUCUCCUCUCAACCUUCUACGUCGCAGGCCGACCUUCAAUUUCUGAACACAUCAGACUUCAUAGAUGCUUCGAGCCCUUCGCUACGCACCUUGACAGGGAGCCUUCCCUUUUCAAACCCGUCUUCUUGGAGAUCCAUCACGCCUUUACUCAACGCUAAUGAAUUGAACGUGCUGGUAGGAGAUUGUGAUGAUGAAGGAACAGAGACGGAACUGUGGCAUUAUACACCAGGUGAAGGAGAAAGUGCUGGAACGUGGGACAAGCGUUCGCUAUCGUCAACAGAUUCUACCCUUAACUCCGGUUUCCUGUCCGCCGGAUUCUCCUUCUCGCCUAUAGCAUCUCUCAAUAAUGCAUCCUUCUACGUCUUCGGAGGCAUGUGCCCGAAUGACACCUCUACAGCGGAGACCUGGACCUCAAAUGCCAGAUAUCUCAAUGACAUGCUCAGCAUAUCGCCCACCGCACCUGCGAUUGCUUCAUAUCCCAAUUCGGCCUACCAAUCCUCUAUCCUACCACUACGUGGUCCGCCAGUCCCCGAAGCUGGAUUGACCAUUACUCCACUUACACCAACAUUCUCGAAUUCGUCUACAACAAGCGUCUCUCAGCAACAAAAUUUCGUUCUUAUCGGAGGGCACACCCAGCAAGCAUUCAUCAACAUGUCCCAGGUCGCCAUCUUUUCGCUCCCACAAGAAAGCUGGUCGUUCAAAGAGAUAAAGCACCCCGAGUCUGGGGAGACAGACUUGGUAAGGAGAUCGAAUAGACCAGAAAUAGAACCUCGAUCCGGUCAUACGGCUGUGAUUACACGAGACGGCAGUAAAAUCAUCGUCUUUGGUGGAUGGGUGGGAGACGUCUCCACGCCAGCCGAGCCGCAACUCGCAAUUCUGGAAAUAGGCCAAGGCUACGGCGGAGUUGGUGAGUGGAAAUGGACAACCCCGUCGACUUCUGACAAUCCGAUGGACGGUGGACGAGGUAUCUAUGGUCACGCCGCGGCAAUGUUGGAGGGCGAUGUGAUGCUGGUCUACGGCGGGUACAGCAUAUCUGCCAGCCCUAGGAAGGUUCGUCGACAAAACCUGCAAGCUUCAAACAAUCAGAUGUUUCUCUUCAAUACAACUUCCUCAUCUUUCAUCAGCACGUACACCAGGCCGACUGCAUCGCAACUUUCCACCUCCGUCAAGGAUAACUCCAGCACCGGCGCUCUACACACAACUUCGCAAAAAGUGGGCCUGGGCGCUGGACUGGUAUUGGGAUUUGCUGCACUUGCCGGCAUUGUCACAGUGUACAUCGUCUACUCACGACGUCUGCGGCAGAGACGAUCUGCUCGUGAAAAAGAGUUGCGCGAGCUUGCGCUUGGGGCAGAGCGCUAUUACUCUGGCGACCUCAUUGGUGCAGGUGUAGAUGUCCGAGGUGGACCUUACCCCGAGAUGCGCAGCGCAAGCUGGGGCAGUCGUCAGGAAAAAAGAAUCUCAAGCCCAGGCGAUAGCUUUCCUUGGGCACCUGCAGCACCUGCAGGCCAAGGUCAACAUAGCGAGAACGGAAGGUAUGGGAAUGGCGAAAGAGAGGCGGAGAGGACUGGUUUAUUAGUCGAGAUUCCUAGCCCAACCCGCGGGUUGAGAAGAUCACUUCAUUCUAAGGGCCCGACGACUUACAACCCCAGCGUUGGCGUUCCGGUUAAUUCAGCCUAUGGUACCUCCCCAACAACCGGCGAAAUUCACACAAUAACGGAGCAGGAUGAAGAUUCCGAGGCGUCAGGCUCGGGCAGACGAUCCAGAUCGUCCAAGAACAAGGGAGGCGGCAUCCGGCCUAUCAGUGACCCCUUCAGAGACCCACCACCGCAACUGACACGGAGCCAAAGCGAACUCGAUCGCCUCCGCCGGGAACGCGAAGUCAAGGGCUGGGUAGACGAUUGGGAAGCCGCAGGGACAGCGAUGGAAUCUGGAAGGCCAGUCCAACGCUCAUCCUCCACAAAGCAUGACCAAAGCAACACCAACACCAACACAUCCCGAAGCAGAAGUCCGGAGAAAUCAGACCGCACGAACAGCAACCUAUCGGAACGAAGCACCGUGUCUUCGGGUAGCAUCCAGCGCAGUGUCUUCGGCUCAAUAUCACGGAAUAGGAGCAUGCGAAGUUCGAGCACUGGAUACACGCUCUUCGCCAACGCGGCGGCUGCUAUGACGGGUCGAGCUACAUUGGUCCAUCAUCCCGGUCCGAGUCCGAAUCCGUCAUCCUCUACAGAGGGAAAUCAUGGUGCCGGUGUGGCGAGGAGAGCUUCCUCGAAACGGAGUGCCAGUCUCAAUUUCAAUAGCGGGGCUUCGACCAGAUAUAGACCUGGUACUGGUGGUAGCGGUCAGAGUCCACGGGAGAGAAGCGACACAUUUCUACCGCGCAUACCGAGUUUGGACCUCUCCCCCACACGUCAAGGCCACGGUUAUGAUGAAGUAUUUGAGACCCCGCCUGAAAGCCCGGUCAGAGAGCGAAAGGCGUUGGGUUGGAUGGGGAGUAUGCGGCGGGCUUUGACGGGCUCAGCAGGUGCAGGAGCUCGGCGUGGCACCGACGGCGGUAUCGGAAGACGCGUUGAAGAGUACGACUCCCAACAUGGCACUUCUUCGAGGGAUCAACCGCAAAUGACGGAGGUCAAUGCCGAUGAUAGCCCACGUCGAGCGGCGAGUGCUUCGGCGGCUUUCUGGAUGGGGAAGAAGGGCGCUAGGGAUUGGGACGUUGACCCAUCAUCUCCCUCUCCAUCCUUGCCUCCAGGUGCCGCUGGAGGCGGGGAUGAAGCGGAUAGCGAAUGGGACGUCGAGGCUGCGGUGCAGAAGAGAUUGGUCCAGGUUAUGUUCACGGUUCCCAAGGAGAAGUUGAGGGUCGUUAACGUGGAUCAAUUGAGCUUGCUCAGCAAGAGUGAUGUAGAUGAUCCCGGUGAAGGGGUUGCAGAGAAGAAAGAUGAGCUGGAUCACGCGAAGAGGGUCAGCACCGUUGUGGAGGAGGGGGAGAGUCCCGUCGCAGCAGAGGCGCCGGACGAGUCGAAUCCGACUUGGAAAGGAAAGGGAAAAGCGAAGCAGAAAGAUGAUCGCGACGAGGAGGGAAAAGGUUCAUCGUGA